AUGUCCCGACAGCCUCGACCUCGGCCUCCUACUGCUCGCAGCGUACUCCACGCAGGUACCCGUACUCCUGGCCCCUGCCGAGACCCCUGCCCGGCCCGCUCCAGCUGCUAUCCACCGGUGAUUAACCCGACCCGGUCCGGUUCGAUCCGGUCCUAUCGAUUGACCACACCGUGGCCGGCCCAGUUUGGCCCGACUUCGGGUCCACCAUCCCGCCCCAUCAGGCCUCCUCUGGACUCGGGUCCACCCAGCCCUCUAGGUCAGCAAGCUCAGCUCCUCCUCCUCCUCUGGCCCAAUCGGCUAUGGUUCUUCUCCGUCGGGCCCAAUCGGUCACGGCUCUCCUUUGAACCCCGACCAUCUUCUGUUUUCCCCGGGCCUUGUCAUGGGCCGGGUCCGUCGGCGUCGGCAGCAAACCCGGUCCGCUGA